AUGGCCGAUGUUGACGACUACCUCCAAGAGGGUUUCGACCCUCGCUCCGUGACGAUGCCCCGGCUGAGGUCCAUUCUCGUCACGCACAGCGUCGACUACCCAUCGACCGCAAAGAAAGCUCAGCUCGUACAACUCGUCGAGGAGUACGUGCUUCCGCAGGCUCCCAAGAUUCGGGCGCAGAAGGCUCGGGCGAAGCGAUCGAGCAUGGGCAUCGUCAACGCUGGCAGCGCCGAGGACACUGGCAACUGGGACGAUCAUGACCUUGCGCCUCCUCCGUCUGUCAAGCGAUCCAAGUCGCCCAGGAAAUCAUCAACCAGGGUCAAGACUGAGGACUACGACAAUAUCCCACCGCCCCCUAGGAGCAUCUCGAAACGCACAUCGAGGUCCGCCAGCCGUGCGCUAUCACAUGCCAACGAAACCCCCGAACCCGAACCACCCGUGUCUGCUUCUUCUCGUCGCACUAGCCGGAGGACAAUCACUCCUCAAAUAAAACCCGAGCCCGAGGACGAAGAAAUUCCCGCUGAGGGAAACAAGAGCGCUUUUACGAACGACAACCCUUUCCAAAGUGGAAGCUCACCGCCCAGUACGAAGACGCCCCGCAGCCGACGACAGACGGGCGAUGUGGAUACCACAAGGAGUGUCAAAUCCUCGCGCCGUCGCACAGAAAACUCUGUCCCCAAGUUCAGGGAACCUCAGGUGGCUUACGAUGAGAUGGAGCCUGGCGAGGAGUUCACUCCCGAUGAGCAGAUAGGGCUCGAGGAAGCAGAGGACAAGGGCGAGGUUAGACUCCCGUCCCGUCAAUCUCCUCACCAAUCGGGACGCAAGACGAGUUUCACAACUCCCCUCCUAGUCCUCAUCGUCACCCUUCUUGGUGUUUAUGGCGCCUGGUAUCGACAAGAGAAGAUCGGUGUCGGUUACUGUGGCCUGGGAAGACAGCCUCAACAGAUCAUACCACCGAACGUUCCUAUUCCCGACUUCGCCAUACCUUUCGUCGAGGCGCAGUGCGAGCAGUGCCCUGCUCAUGCUUACUGCUACGAGAAUUUCGAGGCGCGAUGCGAACCGGAUUUCCUCCUCCGGUCGCACCCUCUUUCCUUUGGUGGCCUGAUUCCGCUACCCCCUACGUGCGAGCCUGAUGGUGAGAAGGCUCGCCGCGUCCAGGCUGUUGCCGACAAGGCUAUCGAGGUGCUCCGCGAGAAGCGCGCUAAAUAUGAGUGCCGCAGCCUCAAGGAUCAGGAUGGCGGUAACACUCCUUCAAUUGAUGAGCAGGAGCUCAAAGAAACUGUCAGCCGAAAGCGUAGCAAGCGACUGAACAGCGCCGAAUUUGAAGACCUCUGGGUAGCUGCCAUUGGUGAGGUCACAUCCAGGGAAGAGGUUGAGGUCGAACCUGCUACACGCUUUGUCGCGCGGGCGCGGUACCGCAGGCAUGUUACCACGUCGGCGCAGGUCCCAGCACUGGUCGACCUCGUCAUGACACGGCUUUCGAACCAAAAGGAACUCGGGGAAGAAGGCAUCGACGACGCUUGGUUGUUCCUUCCGAACCUGAGAGACGAUGUCCUCAGGUCGGUGCACUCACUGUCUGAGCGGGAGAGUAUCUGGCGCAAGGUUAAGGUUGUUGUCGAGCAGAACAGCAACGUCAGGACCGGUCAGCGAGAGGGCCGCAAUGGUGAGGUAGGCCGUGCGUGGGAGUGGAUAGGCCCCAUCGCAGGCGAAGGGGCUCGCAGGCGUCGCAGUGGUCGCGUCUCGUUGACUACCGAUAUAGCCAAGGAGGAAUCGCCGGCACCGGAGAAGCCUGUACAGCAAGUGAAGAAGUGGGAUGAGCCGAGGCCGCUUUACUAG